UGAGUUUGACGUACGUAGCCGUGCGUCCGCGCAUCUACAGUAUAUAGGCCGGCUUGACAGCUGGUGGUUUGUUUGUUACUCUAAACAACAGAAGCCGAUGCUCUUUAUUGUUGCUGCUUUUUAUUUCUCAUGGAGAGUUAUAAAUGAUUGUGCGCGGUACUUGCAAAUGAGUUUUGCCCGACAUGGUUAUUACCUCCAAAGUUCAUUACUGCUUGUUUGUGGUGAAAUUGUUUUGGCGCGGUCGAGCUUGCAAGAAAAUUUACUGUGAAGCGCAAAAGUUUGUCGCCGUGGAGAAGUGAUUCAGUUCGUUAAGAAAAGCCUGGAUAUUUCCUUAAAGAAUUCCUUUGCAGUCCUUCCGCAAAUAGCAAAGAUGAUCCGGGACUACGUGAUGCUGUUGUGUCUUUGUACGGUCAGCGGUAAAGAAGGCUACUUUUGGCACAUCAGCGAUAUACACUUCGACCCAAGCUAUUCCAUCCAGGGCAACGGCGAUGGAAAAUGUUGGAGUCCAAAGAGUCGUGCAGGUUUAAAUGACAAAAUGCCAAAUGCAGGACCUUACGGGCAUUACAAUUGCGAUUCACCUUGGGCUUUAGUAGAGUCGGCAGCCAAAGCAAUGAAGACUAUCCACGGCGACAUCGAGUUCGUUUUGUGGACCGGCGACACCCUGUCAAAGUACAGUGGCAGCACGGACGAAUCGAGGAUGCGAUAUUUAAAGAACAUCUCUGAUCUACUGUCUCACACAUUCACCGGGCAAUUCGUCUUUCCCGUACUGGGUCACGAAGAUGCAGGACUGAACUUUUCGCGAAUAGCCAAUCUCUGGAGAAAUUGGCUGCCAGACGAAGCUCUCGUCACUCUGCGAGAAAACGGCUACUACACGAUCGAGCAACGCUCCAAGAAUUAUCAGAUAAUCUCGCUUAAUACAAAUCUGUGGCUAAGUCCGGUGUCGGACAACCGCAUGCCAGUGAGUCAACAGCAGCAACAGCAGCAGCAGCUACAGCAGCGUAUCGUCAAUCAGCCAUUAGCGUCAGCAAUGUCAUCAAGCUCAGAUCCAGCCAACCAGUGGCGUUGGUUCGACUCGGUGCUCAACACCGCGCGCAAAAAAGGAAAAACUGUGUUCAUAGUGGGCCAUACACCACCUGGUAUCGACGACCGGGAAUCCGGGACUGGUGGCAUCACCGAGGAGCACAACGCACGCUAUUUGCAAACGGUACGCCAAUAUGCCGACAUGAUCCGUGGACAAUUCUUCGGCCACUGGCAUUCCGAUAGUUUUCGCGUCAUGUACAGCGACGAUGAUGAGCCAGUAUCGUGGGCAAUGAUGGCGCCGAGUAUCACUCCGUACAGAUCUGGAGGGCCAAAUAAUCCCGGCCUGAGGCUUUACAAAUUCGACAUUGAUACCGGACAGAUACUCGACUACUCGCAGUAUUACCUGAACUUGCCAGAGGCGAAUUCAGGUAAACGAGCAAACUGGCGGCACGAGUACAACUUGCGUGAAUACUACGAGCUUCAAGAGAUCACGGCGCUUAGUCUACACGACUUGGCCGAUCGAUUUACUCAGACCAAUGACAACGCUUUCGUCAGGUACUACGCAGCAAACAGGGUAUCUCUGCCACGCGAAGUGGAAGAGAUCUGGGGUUGCGGGGGCGCGUUAAACGGGCUUUGCGCGCUGCAACACUACUGCACGGUCACUCGGCUGACUUCGCGCGGCUACGCCAGCUGCGUCUCAUCCUAUGCCUACGCAUUGGCUUCGGCAAUAUCCACAUCAUGGCUCCUAUUGACCGUCCAUCUACUGUUAAUGCUAUCACGGUAGGACUGCGAAGCUGUUAUCAUGAUAAAAUCCCUACGUUUCUGUCAGCUACAUGUAACCCAAGAAGACUGAGUUUAGUGAAAGUCGCGUUAAAACUACGCGCUCGCUUAAUUACGAAGAGUGUGAAAAAAGUAAAUAGAGUAUAACCACGUUUCUUUUCCUUUUUCGUUGCUUCAUGUCGAAGUUUUUGAAAUUAAAAUAAAUAUUCCAGAUAAAGAAGGGUCGCACACGAGACUACGCCAAAGUCAGCAUUUGUCUCUGUUCCUUCUGUUAUUCGUUCACUUUGAAAAUAUAAAACGGCGUGGUUUGACUGCCGUCACGCGAGAUAUAUAAAUCCCAUGAAUAAUAAUAGUCAAAGGAAUAUAUGAAUGUGUAACGCGAUGUUUUUCGCAAGAAAAAAUAUAUAUAGCUCUAACUAAUGUUCGUUAUAAAUAAAUAUGGCAUGUGCGAGAAAGAUGAGAGCGAACGGGUGAUAUUUAAAUGUGUUCGUUAUUGUGUUUGAAAAUUAUAAAGAAUGAGAAUGUUUGAAUGUUCGCCAUUGACGAUAUUGACAAUUUUGCAAUGGAUAAACUAUUGUUGACUGGAUCUGCGUAAUAAUUCAACAGAAGGCUCCUAUUUAUAUAAGUAGUACUUUUAUUCUAGCGAUGCUAUCGGGUUGUCUCGGCCUGAGCGUUUUGUUCAAGUUUAAAUAAACUGCCAAUUUAGACUGCCAUAGACUAGCUGUCUCGUUUCUAAGUUAAUAUGGGAAUGACUAAUGGAUUUGCGGGUUAUUGAGUCAAAUUCUUUCGUCCAUUUUCGAUCGCGGUAGAACGCGGCUUCAUCGGCAGCAACAAACGAAAAUUCUGUUUAAACAAAUUAAAGCUAUAUUGGUAGUGACAGACCGCAAUUAACCGUGUAAUGGCGACAAUGCAUUUCGAUCUUUUAUUAAUAGGGUAUCGAUCGUGGUCCGCAGGUGCUAAUGCCGUUUUUUCUUUCCUGUAGACGCUCGAAGAUGCACUCGCCGUCGGCUCAUGAAAAUUCAUGAGAGCUUGAUCUGUCUUUAGGACAUAUAUACCGUUUCUAAUUGUUUACCGAGUAAUUUAUUUUACUUAGAUGUAGUUAGCUCGGGUACAAAGAUCCUGCAAAGAAAUUAAUGUCCUUUUGUCCACUCAGAAAACGACUGCGAUCUAAGUACACUCGUGUUUAUCGCCGUCAAACACAGUAGUGCAGCGCCAACUGUUUAUCCCAAGUACACACGCGAAAUAACGAACGGCCCAGUGGCCACCAUAUAAUUUUGAGCGUGCCCACGGAGUACUAAUAACACGCUCGUUCGCGCUCUCGGGAAAACAAUUUUCGCUGCCUCUAAAAUAAACUCGCGCGCGAGUGAAAGACAAAGAAACGAAGUAAUCAUAGCUUUGAUAUAACUGCGUUGGAAAAUACUGCGAAUCAAUUUUAGCGACACGCGAAAUUCCGGUGAUUUCUAAAUUGAUUGUUCUAGACAGAUAAGAUUAUUUUGUCGAAGCGAAAGUGAGCAGAAUUUAAGUGUUAUUGCGCGUGUGAUCAGGAGCGUGGCUGAGUGUUAUAUCCAAUGUAUUGUUGUUGAUCGAACGAGACUGUUCAGCUACAAAAAACAUUCGGGUGUACUGUCGCGAAUCCUCGUGUAACCUAGUUAUACAUGUGAAAUGUCGAAGAAUAUCCUGCACCAAACUGCCAUUGUCGAACGAAAGGAUAUUAACGCAAAGGUCGAGUGAAGAAGCCUAAACGAAGAAACGAAAGAAAAAGUAUGAGAAAAAAAUUAAAUGCUCGUUGAAGUACUUGUAAAUGGAUAUUGUAUAUCUAUAUAU